AUGGCAGCUUUAGCAGCCGCCCUGGGACCUUCUUGCCUUUCCAUCGCCGCGUCUAUCCGGGUCCGGUGCGGCUGCCCGGCGAGGGCAUCGUUGGACAUGGCCACCAAGACCGCGGUCAUGCCGGCGGUAAUAGUCGGCGGCGGAAGGGUCGGCAGGGCCCUGCAAGACCUGGGCGAUGGCCGCGACCUCCUCGUCGGAAGGGGCCAGCCGGUGCCCGCAGAUUUCGAGGGCCCCAUCUUCGUCUGCACAAGGAACGACGACCUUGAGGCCGUUCUUCAGUCCACCCCUCCGUCGCGGUGGAAGGGUAAUCGAGCUACUUCCCCCACCCAUUGGGUCAUUAUCUUCCUCGCUUGGAUGGGCAUUUCUCGUGGGAGCUCAUUUUCCCCGCAGAUUUGAUCUUCUUCCAGAAUGGGAUGCUCGAACCCUGGUUCGAGAGCAAGGGGCUCGGGGACGCCGACCAGGUGCUCGCUUAUUUCGCUGUGGCGAAGCUCGGAGAAGCCCCCGUCGACGGGAAGACGGACACCAAUCCGGAGGGCUUGACGGCGGCUUACGGGAAGUGGGCGUCGGCCGUGGCUUCCCGUCUCAAUUCCGGCGGGCUUUCUUGCAAGGUUGUGGUCUUACCAAACACCCUCCCUCUCCCCAUUUCGACAUCGAUCCUCUGUCUUAAUCGGGAAGAAAAACUCGUUCCUCCGGGCAACGAACAUAUCUGAAUUGGAACGUAGCAUUCUCAAGUUUUCUUCCGAAUUCUAAUGGCGGUAAGAAUUUUGAUCGAUGCGUCUGGUUCACUGAGUUUCAGGUCCUUGAGAAGGAAGCUUUCCAGAAACAGAUGCUGGAGAAGCUGAUAUGGAUCUCGGCGUUUAUGCUCGUUGGAGCCCGGCAUCAAGGGGUCACUGUCGGUACCGUGGAGAAGGAGCACCGAUCCGAAGUAAGCGGAAACCUUUUCGAGCAGUUCCUGAGCUUGGUUCCUCAGCGUUCUUCGCCAUUUUUUUCUUCCCCAGGGGAACUUCUAUAGCCCUGCCUUAAAGUAGGUGGUUGACUUAGAUGAAGUCAAGCUACUCGAUUCAGUAAACUACAUCAUAAAUUGACUAUAUUUAACUCAAUCUAGGACUUUUAUAUGGAUUGAACCCUGAAUUUUUUUCAUAGAAAACUUGCUGUUCGUCGACCCAUUUCCAGUAAUUAUUUUUUAUCCAUUUCCAGUAAAUUAUUUUUUACAUAGAAAACUAGCUGUUCAUCGACCCAUUUCCAGUUAAAAUAAAAUUGUGUUGAAGAACUUUGGGAUAUGAGUCUGGAUUGACCUUUAGAACAUAGUUUCAUUGGCCUCGGAUGAUCCUUGCGAGUUUCAGAGCUCAUGUCACCUGCCCUUAUGCUGAACUUGGCUCUGCUGAGACCCCGGCCAGCCAACCCUCAGAGACACGGCUGAUUCCAACCUUCUGGGUCUGACUUUUAGUGGAAACCAACCUCGGUCUAAUAAGCAUUUUAGUGGGUCUUGCCCUCAUUUAAUGAGCACUCGCAGGUGGGAAGCUUGAUUGCAGAAUUAGCAGCUGCAGCCGCCGAGGAAAAAGGAUUGACCUUUGAGGAGGGUAUGGAAGAACGCCUUUGCGCCUAUUCAAGGGCAGUGGCUCAUUUCCCUACUGCGGUUAAAGAGGUAACCAUAGACCAACCCACUUAGGAAGACUCGAUUUUUAUUGAUUCUAAUGAUCUCCCCGACGGGUUUUUUAUUUUAUUUAAGAUUUAUGUUGACUGAGUGCAGUUCAAGUGGAGGAAUGGCUGGUUUUAUGCGUUGACCCAGAAGGCAGCUGCGGAGGGGAGAUCAGAUCCGUGCCCAUUACACUCGGCCUGGCUGAAGGAAUUAAACGUAGUAUAA